ACAGACUUGAGUACAACGGACACAAUAAUGCUGAAUGUCCUUACGACUGUUUUAAGAUUAUGGGCAAAAUGAAUAGCCCAUAACCCAAAUUAGAUGUAUGAAAUAGUAAUAUAGACACGUGGGCGGAAGUGAGCGACGUCAUCAAAACAGUAGACAGUGGACAGUAGGCGGAGGAAAAAGCAGCCCGUCAGUGGAUGUGACACGCUUACAAAUUCAGAGAAAACAACCCCUCAAGCAGCAGGAAACCAUGAUCGUGCUCCAGCAGCGUGUUUAGUGUGCUCGAUUCAACUGGACAGCGGAGAUCCAAGUGUUCUUUCUCCCUUCCCGAGUCCUUGGAGGCUCCAGCACCAUGGUGAAGCAGUCGGACCGAGCCCCGCUGCUGGACUGGGAGGAGAUCCCACCACCGUAUCCGAACCGGGCGGCCCCGCUACCGCCGCCGAGGGAGGAGGACGCAGCGGCGGAGAAAAGUUGGCAGCCAGCCGGGCGGCGUCCACCGACCGGGACCGCGGCUGGUACUGGGCGGAGCACCGCGGCCACCACCACCCGCAGCCCGACCACGAAGAAGAGUGUAACAGCUGUUGUUGCCAGCAGGAACGGAAGCCCGGGUCGUCCGCGAUCAGAGCUCUCCGGGCACCGGUGGGAUCCCCCGGAGCCUCUCGGUACAGAUCGCGUUGUUCCCUUCCCCGGCCUCUCGGCGAGGGAUCAGUGGGAGGAAAAAGACCAGAUCGUGGCUGUGUUUGUGGUCACCUUUGAUACAAGAUCAGGGAAUAUGGUAGAGUGGUGCCUGCCUCAUGACAUCAACCUAGACGGAGUUGAAUUCAAGUCAAUUGCCAGCGGUUCCCAUCGGAUUGCAAAUGACUUUAUAUAUUUCCGUAAAGGCUCUUACUUUGGGCUGGCUUGUUUUGCUAACCUGCCUGUGGAGAGUGAGCUGGAGCGAGGAGCCAGGAUGAAGUCUGUGGGAAUUCUGUCUCCCUCCUACACUCUGCUCUACCGCUACAUGCACUUCUUGGAGAACCAAGUCAGACACCAGUUACAGUGUCCGGGCCAGUAUUCUCCACUGGAGGCCUUCUAUGAGGAUAAGAAGGCCAUCCUUCCCCCAGCAGGAAACUGUCUGGUCACUGCUUGCCCCACCUGGAGUGUGACCACCAUCAACCGCUGUAUGCACCCAGAAAUGAAGAUCACCCACCCAGCUGGCUGCAUGUCCCAAUUCAUCCAGUUUUUCGGGGAGCAAAUAAUGGUGCUGUGGAAGUUUGCAUUGCUGAGGAAACGGAUCCUCAUCUUCUCCCCUCCACCUGUAGGUGUGGUCUGCUACAGGGUGUAUUGCUGUUGCUGCCUGGCCAAUGUCUCUUUACCUGGAAUUGGUGUCUCUGUGCCUGAAUUACGGCCUUUUUUCUACAUCAACGUAGCCGACAUCACUGCCCUGGAAACAGAGCUGUCAUUCGUGGCCUGCACCACAGAGAAGAUUUUUGAGGUGAAGAAGGAGCUAUAUGACGUCUACGUUGAUAACCAGAAUGUGAAAACGCACAGAAGCCAUUUGCAGCCACUGCUCCGACUGAAUGCAGCAGAUAAGGAGAAGUACAGGAAACUGAGUGAACAGAGGCAAAUGUUGCUGUACUCUCAGGAGGUGGAUGUUGACUGCACAUCAAAUGAAGAGGAUCUUUUCAUUCUGUUCUUCAUGGAACUGAAUAACCGCAUCUUCCAGACCCUGUCAGAUGUAGCAGCGAGCUCCGACCCCACCCUCACCUCUGAACACGUGAGGGCCAUGGGGCUGGAUCCCCAGGGUGACCGCUCCUUCUUGUUCGACCUGCUGGAGGUUUACGGUAUUGACGUCACGCUGGUCAUAGACAACCUCUGCUGCCCCUGAGCCCCCCCUAGAAACCCGGAACGCCACUGGAUAUUUGUGCCUUCAAGGCCUACACACACACUCCAAGACACCAAAGACACCGCCUCCACCCUGGGACCUCCAUCUGUCGCCCAAUGUUCCCACCUGGGUGUCUAUUUUCCCUCUGUGCGUGUCUCAUCUGACCUGUUGAGACUGGUUCCAAACAGUGUGGAUGAUGAGGACGCUUGACGUUGGUGCACUGGUCCGCAGCGGCAGCUGAACACCUGACUGGCCUACAGCACUGCUUGGCAGCUGCGUAGUCUUGAAGCCACUCACAUCUUAUGUCCCUCACUUGUGUUUUUUGUCAGAAAUAAGUGUUGUGUGCGCUUGUUAGACUUGAAGUGGCCAGGGCUGAAGCACAGGAUAAAGGCAUGGAAGUCUUGGUCAGGUACGGUCAUCGCAGCAGGAUUAUUGGUCGUUCUCCACUGCACCCAUCACAGUGAAGAAGUCAUUGAAGCAUUCACAAUCCUGCAGCUUUUUGUUUGCACUUACGUACGGUUUGUCUGACAAAACAAGGAGGUUUUAACGCUUCAAAAGGUUUUAUAGAAGAUUCUAGCCAACAUAAUGUGCAACAAUUUCAUCCUGCUGUAGUAACGUACUUGGAUGAUUAUGUUAAGUAAAUAUUUUUUUUUUUUUAUUUGCCUUUCAAAGAAGCAAUAGGAGUCUGUGCUAGUUAAAAUCAGCCUUCCUCAUGUACAUUUGUUUUCCAGUUUUUUACUAUUUCUUUCACAACUGAAAGUGAGAGGUGAGGAUGUUUGUUAAUGAGUGUGAUAUCCUCUUUUUUAUAAUGGGGAUGCUUAAAUAUUACGGUGACUCACAGAAUGAGAAGGGAAAAGCUGUAAAACACUUUGGUCUCCUUUUUAUGCACCUUCAACACGAGGUAUAGAUCUAAUAUAGUGUGUUUCUGUGUUUUGAUCACAGUCUAAAGUGCUAGUGAUGGGGGUGUUCUGGGAACUUUGUUUUGUUACGUGUUUUACCUUAAGCUGAGGUGUCUUGAAUUGUACAUGAAUGUGACUUUAUAACACUAACCUAUUUUGAAUGCUGCACCAUGUCCACGGACCAUUUCCUAAUCCACAAAGUGAUCAUGCUUAACUGUACGUGUACGUGUACGUGUACGUGUGCGUGUGCGUGUGCGUGUACGUGUGCGUGUGUGUGUGUGUGUGAGAGAGAGAGAGAGCCACAGGCUGGUUCCUUAACAAAAGCCAAUAUAUGUUCGGUGGUCGCGUUGAGUGAAGAGUCCUUGAUGGAGCCAUUUGUAGUUGACUUAUUGAUCAGCUUCAAUGUCCCUGACAAAGAUCUCUUUAUGCUUUUGGAGAUUUCCCCAGUCCUUCCAUCACAGUCCUAUUGAGUUAAUCCAGCUCCUGUUUGCCUCGUACAAAUAUGGAAUAGUGGUUCUCAGCCUGCCCGUGGCCCCCCCCGCACCGAUGCUAAGCUAAAACGAUAUGUAAUUUCUUUUACACAUUUCACAAGUCUAAAAAUAUUCAUUUUUAUUUCCUCAUCACAUUUCAAAAAUGAUCUUCUGGGGGCUAAUCCCCAGGUGAUAGUCUGUCAUUUGACUUGACCCCUCAAUAUGUUUUCUGGGUUCAUUAAAAACAAAAUAAAGACACUACACCUAGUAGUGUAUCUGAAAGAGAGGCUUUGUUGUUUAAAUGGGGCCUUAAGCAAAUGGGAAUUUCUCAAAUUUACUACAGCAGUUUCCGAGUCUUAACUGUAUGUACGUCAACAGUAUUUGCUGGCAGAUUAAGUACAUUGUCCUACGCACUUUUGUAUAACCUCACCUUACUGUCUCCAGUGAAACCUGUUGACUCUGGCUGGUCUGUUUCAUGUCAGUAGACAUAUGCUCUUGCCUCUAAUGGUGUUUGCUUUACAGGUGUAUGUUAACUGUAUAAGGGAAUGUACACAACACACCACUGUAGAAAAUGCCUUCUUUGCGGAGUCGUUCACAGAUGUGUACCAGCAUUAACUAAAUGAGUCCUUUGUACAGUGUGUCACUCUACUGAAUGUCAUAGACGGAAAAAGUAUUGCACGUGUGCAGUGACACGUCUAAGUAGUGUGACGGUUUCCUUCUUGAUUGUAAUGUAAAUCAAGAGUUUUCACAAAAUAACAAAUAUGUCUUCACCUUUACUAAUGUCAAACACUGUAAGAGAUGUCAGUAGUGUACACACAAACUCAAUAGCAUGAGCAACUGUUCAUUUCACUGUACUGCCAUUGUAAAAUAUUAAAACAAUUAUACAGUUUAGGUGUUACCUAAUCCUCUGUUUCUAACCUUG